AUGUCUUUUAAUACGGACGCUGAUCUUGAAACUAAAGUUCGUAAAUCUACUGAACGAAUAUCAGAAAAUAUGCAUAUAGUAGCAAAUGAACCAUCAUUAGCUUUUUACAGAUUACAAGAACACGUAAGAAAAGCUUUAAAUCCUAUGGUUGAACGUAGGGUGGACGUAGCGAAAAUUCAAACAGAGUUACAGGGUCGAUGUUAUGACAUAGAGUAUGCAGUAGGGGCUUUGAAGAGCAUGGCGAAGGCUGAAGAUAGUUUCAAGAACAUUCAGGAUAAUUUGAAAAAUGCAAUAUUUUUAAAGCAACAGCUCAAAUACGAGGAGUCGAGAAAAAAAAAGUCUGAUAAUAGUUCAGUUUAUAAACGUUUAUCUGCACAUAUUACUUUAGAUCUGCCUGAGUUACCUGAAUUGUCCGAUGUUGUUCGAGAGACUGCAAAUCGAGUGGAGCAUAUGAUGUCAAAAGCAACACAUUCCAAUAGUUAA